AUGCCUAAUUCUAAACGUAAUAUUUGGACUAAUUUUUUCUCUCACUUCUCAUUUUACGUCCACAUAGGAAAGCACUACGGCGCGUAUUCGUGUGACGGAUGCAAAGGCUUCUUCAGACGCUCGGUUCGACGAAAACACACCUACAGCUGUCGGUAUAAUCGCGCGUGCACUAUUGACAAGGACAUGCGCAACCAAUGCCGUUUCUGUCGUCUCAAAAAGUGCUUCAGGGUUGGCAUGAACAGAGCUUCUGUCCAGCAUGAGCGGGACAAAAUUAGCAACCGCCGAUCGAUCUAUGACUCCGCGGGAAUCACCGGAACCCUCGUCGACAUCAGCAGUCUCCUUCGAGCCGAACUCACACUCCUUAGAGGCAACGCGGCCGAGCUACUGUUGUUGAGUAUUGUGUGGCAGUCAAUUUGCACCACUUCGCAGCAGCCUGAAGACGACCAAACGUUUUCCACCCCACUUUUCACGGUCUUUCAUCGAUUGAAUGCGGCCUUCCUGAAUGCCAUCAAGACCGGCGACUACCCACCGCCGAGUUGUUCCGAUGACAGCAAAGUGGACGCCAUUCUCAGGGUCAUCGCCAGCACAAUUUAUCGACCACUUUUAGAGCUGAGAAUCGGCGAAACGGAAUUUAUCUGUCUCAAGGCCAUCAUCUUCCUUAGUGCAGGUGAGUCAAGUUUCUAUUGGUUCUAA